CGAUUAAAUAAUUAAACCUUAAAAGAAAAUAAAAAAAAUAUAUGCUAAAAAGUAAAAAGUGCUUAAAUACGAAUAAAUUUAAUCGAGUAAAAUUAAUCGUUUUAAAAAAUAACUAAAAACCUUUACAAAUUGCGUUUUGAUUUAGUAAUCAUUCAUAAAAAAAUCUAAUGGUUGUAAAAUUCGACCAGCUUAUGCCACUAGCGAAGCCGCAUUACAACAACAAUAGCCAAAACUGCAACGAAAACGGCAAAGAUUAUGAGACCCCAUGCAGGCCAACAGCAGCAGCCGCAUCAUCAGCAACAAUACUGUGCAGUAGAUAAUUGCUUGAAACAACAACAGCAGCAGCAUUUUCUAAAAGGCCAUCAAAGCCUGCAACAACAACAAACGGCCACACAUUUGCAGCAACAACAAAACUAUCACCAACAUCAAUUGCAACUCAAUCAUGUUCUACAACAGCAGCAACCACCACUACCACCGCCUCACAUGUGGAAUCCCCAUCUUAAUGCAGCUUGCUAUAACUCCCAACCACCCACUAACAACGCAAAUGGCAUAAAUUCUGCAACAAAUCCAAACCAUAUAAAUUUACAAAACUGUCGACCUUUUCCCUCGAAUCGCGUCUAUCAACAUCAUACACACACACCUCUCUAUCCCCCAUCCAAUGGAUUUCCCCAUGGCCUACCCACAAACACUCAGGCCUCAGAACGCAUGCCUUUGACAGCUCCCAAUUAUGCGAAAUUACCUCCCCUGUCUGUGGUAAAUCAGCAAAGGAUUAAUGAAUGUGCUGGCAUACCAUUAAUAUCCACAGCCACGGCUCACUUAACGCCUGGACAAAGACAAAGGUUAUCACGCAAGCAAUCUCAUUCACCGCCCGGCAAGAAUUGGGCCAAUAUGCUGCCUGGUAAUACAGCACAAAAUUAUGCUGCUGCUGCCCAGUAUGCAGCCGCCCAUGCCCAGGGUGCUCCUUUAAUGUUAAACAAACAACAGCAGCAAAAGCCGGAAUAUUGGUCUCCCAGUACAUAUUUCUCCCCAAACAAGCAGCAGCUUCACCAGCAGCAGUAUGCCGCAAAAACAAUGCAGUAUAACAACAAACCACAGGAUAGAACACGUACUCCUUUGCGCUAUCAAAAUUCUGCCCCAGCCGCCUUGUCUUCGUCCAAGUCUAAAGAGAAUCUGCAGCAACAAUUGAAGCACUCGAAAGACAACGAAAAUUCAUCGUCCAAUAAUGGAGACUCCUCCAACAGCAAUGAGACCUGUUUGCCGCGCAUCAUAAAGCCGCGUAAGAGAAGAAAGAAGGAUCGUAAGCCGCCCAACAAUUUGGUAAAUGCGGUCUACAUGAAAAUGGACAAUAAAUCCUGCAACUCCCCAAGCAGCACUAUAAAAACAUGCAAAUCUUCCGAGGACUUGUUGAAAUGUUUGCAAAAAUUCACUCAAAUAACAAAUUUAAAUGAGCAGCCUUCACCAGACCCCAACUAUUCCGCUAAAACAGGUUUAAAUCAUGACACCUUAUCCCAGAGUAAAAAGGAGCCAGCUCAAAGCUUGUCACUGUGUUCGAGUGGCAGUGAUAUUAAUCAUGGUAUAUGUUUCUGUAUUGAAUGUGAUCCUCUACGAUCAAUAUGGGAUUAUCCUUUAAGGAGAUCUCUCUCAGAUUCUGCGUCCUCGGAUACAAGUGGCACCGGUUCAUUAAGUGACAAUGCCACUACAUCAUCAAACGAUUCGGCUGACACAGCAGAAACUAAUUGGCCUAAAACCAGAGCCGACAUUGUGGGUGUUAUAGGUUCCAAACGUAAUAAGGAUCAGCAGAAUUCCUCAUAUACAGCCAGCAGCAAUAAGAUAAAUAAUGUUGAUGUUAUGCAGGACAAUAAAUUAUUUAACAAUAUUUUAAGUGGCAUUAAUUUAGCCAGUGAAUUAUUUAAACACUCAAACUCUACAGCAGGUUUUGGCAGUUUGGAUACUGCUCUAAGAUCGGGGGAUAAUAUGCUGCUAUUACCCGAGACAGCUGAAAAUUUACUAGCCAAAUCCAUUAAUGAAAUCUCCAAGAAACUUAUAGAGACCUGCUCUAAUGAAUCAUGCGACUUACCUUUGUCUUCCUGCAAUUCAUUGUCUUCAUUCUCAACCACCUCUUCAAAUUCCUCGUCGGCCAAUUCCACAUGUGCUGAUUUCUCUAACGAUAGUGGUAUUGAAAGUGCACACAUAAAUGCUGGCGAUGAUUUAGUUUUUAAUUUUGAUAAUUUGCAUAUAACUACAACAAAGUUGUCGUUGUCACCAUCAUCUUUAUCAUCAGCAUCCUCAACAUCAUCGUCUUCAUCGUCGUCUUCGUCUUCAUCAACAACUUCCUCCUGUGGCAAUAUAUCAAUGUCUUCGUCGCCUACGGUUAAAUUUGCAUCAAAUUUUCUAACAACACAAACAACAGCUUCAUCUCCAUCAGCUACAGCUGCAUCAGAACAAACUCCUUUAACACCCAGCAAUGCAGUUAUGGGCACAACAAUAAAGGCAGCACCCACCUUGGAUUUGCUGGUUGAUUUAAAUAAUAAUCAUUUACAUGUUGCAGCACCAAAAGCCAUGAUUGUUACUGAAAACAAACAACUGCAACAGAAACACAAACUACUUAAACAACAGUUCAAUGAUCUGGUACAAAAACAUCAACCUCCACAUCAACAGCCAACAACUCCGACACCGACGACACACCAACAUGAUCAACAAUUUUUCAAUAAUUGUUUCGAUUUGAUGUGGCAACAACAUGAAAGACAAUUGGGAAACGUCACCACCACCACUUCUACUGCCUCCACCACCAACAACAAUACCAGCAAUCACAUUGAUCAAUUAACUUCAUCUGCUUUACCAUCAAAUAAUGUUGCAAUGUCGUCGUUUCUUGAUUCAGUGGGAUCUUUAAAAGCCGUAUUUUCUACCAUAUCUUAAAAUCUCAGAGAU